CCGGUGGACCGCACUCGGAGCUAGCCAUCCGAGUCAACGAGCCUCCGACGCCUCCGCCACCAGUGACCCCUGCUUCACCACCACCGCCGGACUUGGUGGUUUCUUCCCCGUCGACGAGCGAGAAAGAAAGAAGACCCAGCAUUAAUUCCAUGUCCAAUAUUGUUUGGGAGGUCGCCACGGCCGUUGCCGUGAUUGGCUGGGUCCUCAUGCCCGUCAUAAACUUCUAUGCUCCCAUGGUCCUUUCAUCAAUCGGCUUUGACGCAUCGAAUGAGCUCUUAGAUCUGAAGAUCCGCAUCAUCCCGGAGCUGAAGAAGACGCUGCGUGCUGUAGAUCGAGUGAGGAUGACCCACAGAAAAGGUAAAGAGCCAUCCGAUUUGGAAGCGCUGGACCAUAUGGCGGCCAAGCUGAGGCACGCGCUGGAGGUUGCGGACGACAUCUCGGAUGAUCAGCAGGAGAUUGAGUCAUACCGCAACAGGUUCUGGCAGCGCCUCUACAGCGGAUUGAAAAUCAGUUGGGGGUGGUCUGCACCCAUCGUCUGGAGCGGAUUGGCUUGGCUAUGGUGGUUAGUGCGGAAGAUCUUCUUCCAUCUCUCGGAGGUGGCUGCCAGUGCUGUGGCCACCUGUGUUGUGAGCUGCAUGCCGAUUAGACAAAUCGCCCGGAAUGGAUUUGUUGCUGGCUUCAACAGAAGCUGCACGGGGAUUGCAGACAUCUUCCGGAGCGGAUCGGCCCGCCUAUCGCAGUGGUUGUGUGGGUCAAACGACAUACUUCCUCGAACCAACAAAAACACUGGUGUACACUCCCAACAGCCCGUUCCAGGCACCCAUGUUUCUGGCUCAGAUGAAACAAUCCCAGCAAAGUUACAUUCAGAGGGCGUGGUGAACUCAGAUGCAACCUCACACGACCAGGCAGUCCCGGAGAUUUGCUCAGAGUCAGAGGGCACCGUCUCAGAUGAACCUAGAGCUUCUGCUCUGUUGCGUGGGUCAGAUGAUAGACUUUCUGUGACCGGCAAUAGUGUUGCCCAGUUCCACCAGCCCGUUCCAGGGACCAAUGUUUCUGCCUCAGAUGAAAUAAUCCCAGCAGAGAUACAUUCCGAGGGUGUGGUGGAGUCAGAAUCAGAUGAGAUUGAACCAAUUACUACUAGUGAUCCGGCUUCAGACGAACCAGCUGUGGUGGCUACCAGUGAUGCCGCCUCACAGGGACCAAUCCUAAAGUUUUGCAUUACGCGUUUCAACAUGAGCUGCAAGUGCAUUGCUUCCUCCGGCCCGUGGCUCUCUCGUUGUUGCCCUUCCAUACACAAAUGGUCCAUUGAUGCACGGGAGGCCAUUCGAGCUGUCCCAGACCGGGCCUGUGCAGGCAUUGGCUUCACAAGUGACAAGGAGGAUCGCACUGCGUUAGAUUUUGUUCUUACUGCUAUCUCAACAUGGAACUUGAAGAAAAUAAUAGAGAAGGUAAAAAGCACCGUCAGUCAUGUGAAAGAGUCACCACUCUUGGGCAACGCAACAGAGAGCGAAGAUAUUGACAACCUGACCAGGAACAGCAUUAGAACUGGUAGGGACUUGAAGGUAUUUGGUCGAGAGGGGUUGCUUAAGGAGAUCGUGGAAAAGCUUGUCAAGCCAGCAGCCAGAUCUCAUGCUAAUCUAUGUUACUCAGCGAUUGGCAUACAUGGUGUUGCAGGGUCUGGGAAGACUACCUUUGCACGCUAUACUCGAGAUUACAUACAGGAGCAGGAAAACCUUUUUGAGACCAUCAUGUGUGUCCGUCUGUCCAAGACAUACAGUGUGGAUGGUAUAUUUCAGGACAUGCUGAAGGAUAUAGCCGCAACGAAGGAUAUUAUCGGAGAACCACACGCCGAUAUUUCUGAUGAGGAGAAGCUGAAAGAGAAGUUGGAGGAAUCAUUGCCUGGUGAGAAGAUGAAAAAGAAGUCGGAGGAAUCAUUGCAUGGUGAGAAGCUGAGAGAGAAGUUGAAGGAAUCAUUGCGUGACAAACGUUUCUUCUUGAUAUUGGAUGAUCUCUGGGUAGAGGACAGCACCGACAUACAGCUGGAGCAGCUACUGUCUCCACUCAAUGUCGGGAAGGAAGGAAGCAAAAUCCUGGUGACUGCUCGGACAGAAGAGGCAGCUAGAGUUCUGUGUAGAGAUGAAAUUACUAAACUGCCUGUUUUAGAUGAAAAACAGUACUACGAGAUGUUUAUGCAUUAUGCCCUGCAUCCUGAAAGAGAUCAAAAACAAGAUGCAAAACGUAGAGAAUUUGGGCGAUUGAUUGCAAAAGAGCUACUAGAAUCACCUCUUGCCGCAGUAAUAGUGGCAGGGCAGCUUCGGACAAAGAAUGGAAUUGACUUUUGGGAAAAGACUUCAAAGCGCUUCAAGUCUGUUGACACCUGGGAUGCACUUUGCUGGAGCUAUCAGGAGCUUCCUAUGGACAUCAGGCGGUGCCUAGAAUACUGCACUAUAUUCCCCAGAAAAACCAACUUGAAAACAAAGCACUUAGUUCGCUUGUGGAUAGCGCAAGGGUUUGUAAAGCCCAGUGCAAUAGAGGACAAGGAAAUGGAAGAUAUAGCUGAGGGCUAUGUUCAAAAGUUAGUUUCAUGCUCGUUUCUGGAACCAACUAGGGGGCGUGAUGAUUGCUUUACAAUUCAUGAUCUGCUGCAUGAUUUGUUGGACAAGGUUGUCGGGAGUGAUUGCUUCCGAAUCGAGAAUGAAAGGAAUCAGAGAGGAGAAUACUGGAAUGGAGAUGUCGAGGUCCGCCAUCUUUUUGUUCAGAAUUAUGAUGCAAAAUUGAUUACUGAGAAGGUCCUUCGGUUGAAAAACUUACGCACUCUCAUCAUUUACAUCGUUAAAAGCGAUACACCAGUUGAGGAAAUGGUCAUCAACAGUAUAUGCAAGAGGCUGCUGAAAUUGCGGGUACUGAUCAUUGCUUUCUCUAGUGCAAUGUACGAGGACUACAAGGACUACCCGGACAACAGUUUCUCAUUCCCAGAAUCUAUUGGUCAGUUAAAGUACCUACGGUAUCUUGGUUUCAGGAUGGACUCUUCACGCAUGGUAAUUUUACCAAGCACGCCAAGUAAACUUACCAAUUUGCUGUACAUAAUCUGCGGCCACGGGGAAUUUGCAAACAUGGGAAGGCUGAUCUCACUCCAAAAGCUUGGAUGCUUCAAAGUAAGGAAGGAAGAAGCAGGGUAUGAGAUAAAUCAGCUGAGGGACCUAAACAAGCUUCGCGGCGAAAUGUGGAUUGAUGAGCUUGAAAAUGUUAAAAGCAAGGAGGACGCGGUCGAAGCCAAGCUAGCUGACAAGGGACUGCUUACUGGACUGUGUUUGAAGUGGCGUACAAGUUGCAAUGCAAAACUUGAUGCAGAGGUACUUGAGGGCCUCUGCCCUCCCGUUGAGCUUAAGACACUGCAGAUCUGGGGUUAUGGAGGUUCGAGAUACCCAGAUUGGAUGGUGGGUACGCAGAACGUUUGCCCAAAGGCCCUGCAAGAACUUUGUUUCUUUGAUUGCAGCCAACGUGGACCUGGUCCUGAACUUGGUGAGGCUUUCCCUCAUCUUCGUGUGCUCAUGUUUGAGAACUGCAGCUGGGACACCUUACCAAGCAACUUGAAGAAACUUACAAUGCUCGAAGAACUGGUGAUCAGUAGUUGCUUGCAUAUUGAAUUCCUUCCAACACUGCCCAAGUCUCUUCAAGUGUUUCGUCUACGUCACUGCAAUGAUAAGUUCAUGAACGAGUGUCGAACCGAGGAACAUGCAAACUUUCAAAUGAUUAAGGACAUUUCCAUAAAACAUAUCUCCCCCCAAUAUGUGCGUGCUCGUCCACGGAUUGGUUUGAAGGCAUACUCUCGGAAAGAUGGGACUGGUCUGAUCUAUAAGUAAUAAUGUUGCCAGUACCGUUCAAUUUGAUUGAUUACUGCUAUGCAUUUAAUCAGUAAUGUAUGCGAAGGAACUGAAUUACUUAUUACUGCUUACGAAUAAUCGUCUGAGCUUGUUAGUGCCGUGAUAUGCCAAUCUCUCUUUUCCUUGUU